AUGGUGGUUGGAGGUCCAAAAAUAAUGCUGCCUACUGGCGCUGAAAUGCCAGCUAUAGGGCUUGGCACUUGGCUGUCAAAAAAAAAUGAGGUUGGUGAUGCAGUACGACAUGCGCUUGACUGUGGUUAUCGUCACAUUGAUACAGCUGAAAUCUAUGCCAAUGAAGCGGAAAUUGGUGUAGUUUUGGAUGAAUAUUUAAAAGCUGGUAAAAUUAAACGAGAAGAUUUGUUCGUCACUACAAAGUUAUGGUGUACUCAUUUCCAACCAGAUGAUAUUGAACCAGCACUUCAAGAAUCACUGAAAAAAUUAAAGCUAGAUUACGUUGAUCUGUAUCUUACUCACGUGCCCGGUGCAUACAACCAUGAAAUGACCAAGCAAGAUCAUUCGGUCACCGUAGAGCAACUAUGGAAGGGUAUGGAGGAAUUGUACAACAAGGGCUUAACGAAAGCAAUUGGUGUUUCAAAUUAUAGCAUCGAGCAAAUUGAAAGAGUGAUGAAAAUUGCCAAAGUUCCAAUACAUAACUGUCAGGUGGAGUGUUACCUGUAUUUCCCACAGUUUGAGUUAGCUGAAGCUUGCAAGCGUCAUAACAUUACUUUUACCGCCUAUGCUCCAAUUGGUUCACCAGGCAGAUCCAUCGCAGCUUUUGAUAGUGGAGCAAAACUAACGUGGCCAGCUGCCUCAAGCCCGUUAGAAGAUCCGUUGGUGAAAGAGCUGGCAACCAAACAUCACAAAACGCCAGCACAAGUCUUAAUUCGUCAUCUGUUCCAAAGAGGCUUUAUCGUUAUUCCAAAAAGUGUCAAUGAAAAGAGGAUUAAAGAAAACUGGAAUAUUUUUGAUUUUGAACUCACAGAAGAAGAAAUGAAACGUUUGAAUCAACCGAAACAUCACCAACGACUUUUCUUGCAAGAUUUGUGA